AUGGUGCGAUGCCAAUUCUACACCAAGAUCGGGGCGUGUCGCCACGGCGAUAAGUGUUCUAAGGUUCAUGUUAAGCCAGUCCACUCAAAGACGGUGCUCAUGCCCCACCUCUAUGUUCCCAAGACGAUGGCCAGCGAUUUCCCAGAGUUUUUCCUCGAUGUUUUCCGCCAACUCGCCACCUACGGUGAAGUGAAAUCAGUGGUGGUGUGUGAAAACGAAAACAGCCAUCUUAAUGGUAAUGUCUACGUUAAAUAUGCUACUAUACAGCAAGCGGAAGCUGCGGUUACUGGACUCAAUCAACAGUGGUUUGAUGGGAGACCCGUUCAUUGUGAACUCAGCCCCGUGGAGAAUUUCGGCGAGGCCGUGUGCCGAGCCCACGAUACCAACAGUUGUAAUCGUGGCGACAAGUGCAACUACAUGCAUGUACACACACAAAACGAUCCAACGUUGAAGCGCAUUUUGCCCAGUCACCAGAAGCUGUUACUCCAAAAGCAAUUACAAGAGCUUCAGGAAAGCUCAGCGGCGCAAAAGGCACAAGCACCCGUUCCGCCGUCACUGACACUCAACAUGUUACUGAAAAUGUUCAAUCAUGAGGCUGCUGCUUGA